AUGUGGCAACGUGUAUUUUUACCGUUUGAUGAAUAUCACACGAAAAAAAUUGAAAGAGAUAAUGCAUUUUCCCACUUUCCCCGAUCUUCCCCUCCUCUAUUCUCUCUCUCUUUCUUUCUCUCUCUCUCUCUCUCUCUCUCUCUCAGGCGUUUUCAGAUUAUCAUUUUUCAGCUAAAAGAACUUCGUCCAUUCGUUCAUUUGCGUAAUAUUAAAAUCUGUUAUGUUUGUUUGAUCGAUCUAUCUAUCUAUCUAUCUAUCUAUCUAUCUAUCUAUCUAUCUAUCUAUCUCGCUUUAAAUAUCAGAGUGCAAAGUUUGGCUUUUACUCAGACGUGUUCAUCAAUUGCCGGCCACAAAAAUUAUAUUCUUUUUUUUGUAUCACUCUACCUACCUACCUACCUAUCUAUCUAUCUAUCUAUCUAUCUUGUGUACAUUUCCAUUUUUGUGUUGUGGGAGCGUUUUUCCUAUCUUCUUUUCUUUUCCCUCUCUUUCAUUUUCUCUCUUUUUUCUCUCUCACACUCUCUCUUUCUCUAUCUGUCUAUCUAUCUUUCAUAUUCUUAUCUUUUUCCUUUGCUUCGUCUAUGCAUCAUCUUCAGCUCUGUCCCUAAAGUAUACCUUAAAACUAUAUUUUUAUCAUAUAUAUUAUAUAUAUAUAUAACAUUUAUCCAAAUUUCAAAACUCUCUCUUUCACUCACUCACUCACUCACUAUCUAUCUAUCUAUCUAUCUAUCUAUCUAUCUAUCUAUCUAUCUAUCUCUCUCUCUCUCUCUCUCUCUCUCUGUACGAGACUACACUUUUCUGCCUUCCCCGUCACCAUACUGUUUUUUGUUUCCACUCUGCAUUCCCCUCCCCUCACCACCAUUUCUAAUCUCAUCAUUUGUCCGCUUCAUCCUUGCAUCACUCUUUCCACAACCACGCUUCCUGUCUUUAAUCUAUCUAUCUAUCUAUCUAUCUAUCUAUCUAUCUAUCUAUCUAUCUAUCUAUCAGUUUGUCCGCAGGUAA